AUGAGCAAAAUUCACCAGAUUAUCGCACUUCUAAUUGUUAUCAACGAAGUACAAGGCUUAUUAUUCAGUAUCUUCAGCAGGUGUUGUUAUAAGCGAUGCUGUUGCUGCGGUUGCGGUCUCAGAAAUAAUGCUGGUGGUGGCUGCGGUGGAGGUGGUUGUGGUGUAAGUGGUUAUGGUGGUGGGAGUUACAGUGGUACAGACUGCACUAGUUAUGGUGGCUGUUGUAGUGGUGGUGCUGGUAAUAGUGGUAGAAGUGUUGGUAGCGUUAGUGGUGGUGGUGCUGGUAAUAGUGGUAGAAGUGUUGGUAGCGUUAGUGGUGGUGGUGCUGGUAGUAGUGGUGGUAGUGGUAGAGGUGUUGGUAGCGUUAGUGGUAAUGGUGCUCGUGGUGUUAGUGGUAGCGGUGUUGGUAGUGUUAGUGGUGGCGGUGGUAGUAGCAGUAGUAGUACUGCGGGUCGUUUUAUUGGCUACAGCAGGGAUCGUUUUGGUGGAGUGGACCACAGCAGGAAUCGUCUUGGUGAUAUGGGCUAUAAUAGAGAUCGUUUUGGUGGUGAGAGCUACGGUGGAAAUGGUUUUGGUGGUGGAAGCUGCGGUGGAGAUGGUUGUGGUAGUGAUGGUUACAAUAGUGUACGCUGCGUUGGUGAUUGUGGUGUGGGUAGUUGCUGUAGUGGUCGUGGUGGUAGCGAUAGCUAUACUGGGGAUCAUUUUGGUGAUAGAGACUACAGCAGGCAUCGUUUUGAUGGUGAUGGCUACCGUGAGAAUGGUUUUGGUGGUGGAGGUUGCGGUGGGGGCGGCUUUGGCAGUAGGGGAGAGUGCAGUGGUAGCAGUAGCCCUGGCCUUAGCGGAUGUGGAAAUGAAUACGGCUGUGGCAGCAAAGCAUAUAGCGGAGGAUACAGAUUGAGGAAGCGAUUGAGUGACAUGGAGUCUGAAUCGACAAGUAGUGAGACUGACGACAGUGGCUUUAAUGUUGACAGUUAUGUGAGUGGUACGAGCAGCCAAAGUGGCAAUGGUUAUGCUGAUAAUCAUAGUGAUGCCCGCAACGUGGACGGAUGCGAUAAAGGGGGAUGUAAACAACGCCAUCAUCAUUCUGAAUAUUUGAUGUCACCGCGUCCUGUGAUACCAAUAUUUGGUGUUGGUUUCUAA